AUGAGUGGGAGUGGCCCUGGGUCCACUGAUGGAGGUUUUGGAAAUGGUGGUAAUGGUUAUGGGUCCGGCAUUGGUGGUAGCGGCGGGGGCUCAGGCAAUGGCAAUGGUGUCGGCCAAGAUGGAGGGUAUGGUUCAGGUGGUGGUAAUGGUGGGUCUGGUUCAGGAGGGGGAGGGGGUGGUGGCUUUGGAUUUGGGUCUGGGUCUAGGGGUGUUAAUGGUGGAGGAAGUGGAUUUGACUUGAGGUUCAGGUCUAAACAGCACAAGAGCCUCUCAGACUUGGAGCUUAUUCUAGACUUAGAGAUAAGAAUCAGUCCUGUACCUAGUCAAGCAAAUCCAGGAGAAUGGCCCCUUUGGUUGGGUUGA